AGACUUCCAAGAGAAUUAAUAGGCUGUUACAGGCAUAACACUGGUUCCAUGGAGACUUCGGGUUCAUUUCAUUAGAACAAGUGAAGACUAUAUUGUCUUCAAUGGAGGGGAAAAGAGAGAAGCUGCUUACAAGGAUUGCAGACACCACGAAAGAGUUGGCAGAUUGUGUGAAUUCUUCAACACCAAGACUUGAGGUCCAUCGUCUUGUUCACGGAUGUCGUGUUGGCUACCUUUUCAUUGGCUACUUCGGCCCUCCUUUCAAGUUUGCUCAGAUGGAAUUGUCAUCCAAGGUUAAUGAUCUUAAGAACGGAGCAAGGCCAGAUGAUACACUAGAAACUAUGAUUGAUCGAGAAAUUGAACAGCAGUGUGCUAAGAAGCCUUAUAGCGGCUCAAGAAGCUUGAUCAGAGUGAAGCGUUCAAUCAACAUGCUGAAGGUGAUGUUUGAGGAAAUGCUAAGUAGUGGAGAAAACUCCAUUAAAGGUGCGGUUUCAAAGUCAUACGAGCAGUCCUUUGCUGCAUACCAUGGAUGGGCUUCCAGAACUGCCGUCUCUGCUUCGCUGCCUGCUCUUCCUACAAGGGCCAAGCUUAUGAAGAAGUUGCGUGAAAAUGAGGUCUCGAUGACUACUAAGAUGCAAAGCUUUGUUGAUUCAUCAGCUUUAUUAGUGCAGUACAUCGACAGUUUGUUUCAUUCAAGAGAACUGGCAGAAGAGUUGCUUGAAUUGAUUUGAUCUUCGGCUCCUGUUUCAGCUUGUUUCAUGGGGAGUAUAACACUUUUCAGACCAAAGACAAUGCCCCAAGGGUUAUCAUCCUAAUGCAAUUUGUUGGAUGCUACCCUCA